GCUGCUGAUGUCAGCCUCGUCGCUCUCGCUCCUCCCGCACCCACCUCCCUGCCCCAGGCACACUGCAGCUCGGCGCGGACUCUCCAGUCGCGGCGAGCUGGCUGCAAACUCACGGGCACGCACGGAGCUCGCAGAGCCGAGGGACUCGGGGGAGGGGACGCGCGCAAGGCGCUGGCAGCCAACCGCCGAGGUUGAAGACACCCGGGGCCCAGAGCAGGGCAGAGCCCUGGCGGCCACGGUUUCCCUUCUCUCUCUCAGCUGAGCUCCGGAGAGACUCGGGGACUGGCCCUAAAAAAGAGCAGGAAAUCUUGUUUACCGCCGGGGGAGAGGAGCCCAUCGAGCCUUUGUUUGGAAAGUCAGCAUCGCCGGUUCCCGCGGCAAUGUGUUCCUGGUGACAUUAACCCAGGGUAGACGGGUAGGAGAAAAGGGGGCUCGCCAGGUUCAGCUCUGCUUUCGGAGGAGGAUCGAGAGGGCGACUUUUGUGCAUUUGUUUGAAUUUGUGGAAAUCCCUUUUCCCCUUCCUUUUGCCUCUCUUGCCCGCCGCCGGGCAUGUCCUGAUCUGGUAGCCGCGCCUACCAGCCCCGGGCUGCUGAUCCGAGCUGUCUCCCGCGGGUCUCCCUCCCUCAGUGCCUGACUUUGCAAUACCGGGAGAGCUGAUCUCUGCGAGGAAGGAGGCGGGGGAGUCACAGACACCGGGACCCGAAGCUUGACAUGCUCUGGGGCGGACCGGAGGCAGUUAGGAGCUGAGCGCACCACCCCGGCUGCUUCGCUCUCCGGUUCCCAGCGUUUUUGCCCUCCACUGGGCUCCAGCCUUGCUCAUCAGUUGGGACGCCCCCUUCUUUCCCGGGGUCCGCGGCCGGCAGGAACAUGCUGCUGAAGGAGUACCGAAUCUGCAUGCCGCUCACCGUGGACGAGUACAAAAUCGGACAGCUGUAUAUGAUCAGCAAACACAGCCAUGAACAGAGCGACCGGGGAGAAGGGGUAGAGGUCGUGCAGAAUGAGCCCUUUGAGGACCCUCACCACGGCAAUGGGCAGUUCACUGAGAAGCGAGUGUAUCUCAACAGCAAACUGCCUAGUUGGGCCAGAGCUGUUGUUCCCAAAAUAUUUUAUGUGACCGAGAAGGCAUGGAAUUAUUACCCAUACACCAUCACAGAAUACACGUGCUCCUUCCUGCCGAAAUUCUCCAUCCACAUAGAAACCAAGUACGAAGACAACAAGGGAAGUAACGACAGUAUUUUUGACAGUGAAGCCAAAGACCUCGAGAGAGAAGUAUGCUUCAUCGAUAUCGCCUGUGACGAAAUUCCAGAACGCUACUACAAAGAGUCUGAGGAUCCUAAACACUUCAAGUCUGAGAAGACGGGCCGAGGGCAGCUAAGAGAAGGCUGGCGAGACAACCAUCAACCCAUCAUGUGCUCCUACAAGCUGGUAACCGUCAAGUUCGAGGUGUGGGGCCUUCAGACCCGAGUGGAACAAUUUGUGCACAAGGUGGUCCGCGACAUCUUGCUGAUUGGACACAGACAGGCCUUCGCGUGGGUGGAUGAGUGGUACGACAUGACAAUGGAUGAAGUGCGAGAGUUCGAACGAGCCACUCAGGAAGCCACCAACAAGAAGAUCGGCGUUUUUCCACCGCCAUCUCGAUCUCGGCAUCGCUCUCUGCCUUCCUCGGUGCAUGGCGCCCCUCCAGCGCCCCCUCCACCCUCUCUCCACAGAUCUGCCAAAUUUCCUCCAUUCCCAAAGACCGGCCCGGAAAAAUCUACUCCAAGGCAGCUCACACUUCCAGAUCCAGAAAAAAAGCCACCCUGAAUUUACCUGGCGUCUACGCUUCCGAAAAGCCAUGUCGGCCCAAAUCAGAGUAACUCCGUGUGAACAUCCCGUUGGGUCCUUUAUUUUCAUUUGAGGCUUUUUUUUUUUUUUUUUUUUCUUAAAGAAUCCUCUGGUCGAGGAAAGACUGCCUCUUCACUCAACUGUGUUCUUGGAUCUCAGACUGCAUGUGGUUAGAUAAUCUCACAGAUAGCAAGAACCCCCUUCGUGUGCCACGCAGCAUCAUAGCGAAUGUGGAAAAGUACGAUUUAGAAAACAAAGCAAAACAGGAGGGGCAGAGGGCAAAGCUCAGUGGGUAGAGAGCUGCUGCAGCUGCCACGGAGCCCUCGGUUCCAUCCCCGCAAUGGUAAACCAGGCAGCAGGGUCAGAAGUUCCGGGCCAACCUCAGCUAGAAACAGAUUUGAGGCCAGCCUGGGUUAUGUGAGACACUGUCUCGAGAACAAUCAAACAAGACACACAGAAUUGUCUCUAGCUUUAGAAGUGGGCCAAGGAGGAAGCCGUCUCUGGGACUUGAUGAGUCUAAUGUGGGCCUCAAUGGUAAAAGGGUGAAUGGAUGAGAAAACUUUUUUUUUUUUUUUUUUUGGUAAGGUGUGGUAAAAUGACAUCAAUUUCCUCCCAUCAACAACAAAAAGUAAAAAAUAUAUAUAUAUUCUCAGGAGUCACAUGCCCAAUUGUUAUCAUUUGGGACUGCUGACCACCAAUACUUGAAUUCCAGUUGUAAUCAAUAUUCCUAUUUUGAUUUAGCCUGACUCAGGAUUUGGAGCCUAAAUUAACUUCUUACACUUUUGAAAAUUUUAAUAACCAACUUCUAGAGGCUCCAAGUGCAAUUCACGAUAACGUCUCUUUAUACCUUUUCACAAAAUUUAAUAAAGAGCCCAUCUGUUUGCGUCUCUUUGCUUCCCCCUCCAUGCCCUGGUGGCUUCUUAAAUCUUUUUAAGACUUGCCUGGAUGGCUUAUGACCACAACUAAUAUAAUGUGGAAUGUUCCGGAAACAGAGAGCCCCAGGUGAGGCAGCCAUCUUCUCUUCAAGUACCUCCAAAGCUUGACCUGUGAGCUUCACCAUCCAAACAAUUCUCAGAAACUUUGACAAGCUAAGGAGAAUUCAUUCGUUGUCAGUCUCCCACUUGAGGAAGUUCAAGGUAGACUAAGUUACCUGCGCUUAACCACUGUCUGAACCAUGCAGAAGAGAAUCCAUCCCUCCUGGUUUACUCUUAGUAACACCCAGAUAUGCCUGGGAUGGGUUGACCAUCACCAGGCUUCUGAAAACACUACCGUUCUCUUAUUCCUUCCUUAUAAUCUAAACAUCAGGGGCCAGGGUGUAGCUCGAUUGUAGAGUUCUUUACCUAACAUUCAAGAGGCCCUGGGUUCCAGUCCCCCAACCCCGCAGAAAGGAAAUAAUCUAGCUAUCAGCUGUGUCCCAGGAAUCCAGAAAACACAGGCAAGCGAGAGACGUUGAGGAGUUGCGGGUUCCUAUUUGUACAGAGGUGUGGUCAUAAAUGUCCCUUUUGUCUUAGUCUCGUUGCUGCACAGAGGGGACAUGUAUGUAUGCCAGAUCCAAGACGACCGCUGACAAGGUCGGUCAUCAAAGUGGCAGAAAGAGAAAUCGGUCACCGUUGCACCUCACUGCCUUUAAGCCCACAAGGAAAGCCCACAGAAUAGCAAUAGCUGUGUGACGCUGCAGAGCCUACGUCCUAGCUGUCCCUUCCUGACUCCUGACCUCCAACCUCAGGAAAGAAAAUGGCCCCCAGUACAGAUCCCAAAGGAAGCAAAAACAGACCAAGGAGUGUAUUCUCCUUCCCUGACACCUCCCUGCCGGUGGACCCUGCCCGCACCCGGUCCCGAGUGCCCCACAUUCUGCCAUGUCUCCUGGGUCCAUGCCCUCUCUCUCGGCCUAGGUGCUGGGCUCAAGGAGUGUCUAGAUCAUUCCUUUGCCUAUAGAUGGACAUUGCACCCCAGUACUCAAAGGAAAGCGAUUACAAAUAGCUUAUCGUAACAGCGCACCUUCUGCUCGAGGUGACGGUACCGUAGUAGGGUACCCUCCUUUGCAUGGUAUGGAAGCAUGAAUCUUGCUUGUGGGAAAUCCGUACUCUCUCCCCAAACCCUUUGAACUCUUCAGUGGUUUCCUCUGCAUACGGCUGUAUUCAAUGAGAAUGUCUGGCUUUAAAAAAAAGCAAAAUUCCACUUUUCAGAA